AUGAGUCACAGUCAAUCACGCUCACGCGGCCAAUUUUCCGAUCACGAUCAUAACCACGGCCACGACUUUGAUCCUAAGCACCCGAACGCCUUCUGCCACAUUCUCCUCCGCCGACGAGAAAACGCACACCCUGACUAUUUUGACCGAAUUGUAGAUUUCAUCAAAAUUACCAAUGAGACGUGGACCUGGGAGAUGCGAGCGAACGAUCUCGUGCUCCAGAUGACGAUUCCUUGCAUGAAAGAAAUGAAGGGCGCAGUAGCGCUCCAUCUAUAUAGGGCGAUGGCACUUCUGGACCUUGUGCGCGAUUGGGUAAUUGUUGAGACGAUUCAAAACAAGGAGGCUACGUAUGUUUCUAAGAAGGCGAUCGAGAGGGUUUUAAAGUAUAAGGAGGUGCCGGGGGAUCAAAAAGAGCCGGAGGAGCAAAAGGAGGAGGAGGUAAAGAAGCCGGAGGCGAAUGCAGGCAAAGCAUCUGGGUCAUAA